CACGAUAAUAGUUGAAAAAACAGAGAAGAAGCAGAGCCAAAAAAAAAUGGCUACUCUUUCAUCCUCUCUACUAUCUUCUUCUCCUCCUCUACGCAAACCAAGAAUCUCACCAACAUCUCUCGUAUCAGGAUUCAUCUCUUUCUCCUCAUCCACAAUCUCCUUUCCAGCGACUCUUUCUCUUCCUGUCAAACACACUCGCCACAGAAACUCUCUCCAAGUGAAAUCAGUAGCUAGCCCAACGGAGACAGUCUCUGAGUUCGAUGAGAUGGUCUCCGGCACGAAACGGAAGUACUACAUGCUCGGAGAUCCAGCUCAUUCCCUGAGUGAUUCUUUUGCUCAGGACUUGACUGGUGGAAUGCUUGUGCCUGUUGAAGGACCUGACUCUCCUUUGUUUGCUCUUGAAAUAAACCCUGAGAAGGCUAGAGAUGAGUUUCGUAGUGGCUCGCAGAUGAAUGGAGGAACUGAGGUUAAAGAUUUUAUGGAUGGUAUGGGACUUGGGAUGCUUGUUGAACAGUUGGGGGAACUUAAACUUGGAGAAUUACUAGACACACCACCUCCUGGAUUAGAUGAAGCCAUUGCAAUUUCUAAGGUUAUUCAAUUCUUGGAAUCACCUGAGUAUAACAUGUUCACUAGAAUAGUGUUUGAUACUGCACCAACAGGUCAUACACUGAGACUACUCUCCUUACCAGACUUCUUGGACGCGUCCAUAGGUAAAAUCCUGAAGCUUAGGCAGAAAAUAACCUCAGCUACUUCAGCAAUCAAAUCAGUCUUUGGGAAAGAAGAUAAUCAGCCUGAUGCUGCUGAGAAAUUGGAACAACUAAGAGAAAGGAUGGUUAAAGUUAGAGAGCUUUUCCGUGACACAGAGUCAACAGAGUUUGUCAUCGUUACUAUCCCAACGGUAAUGGCUGUGAGCGAGUCUUCUAGAUUAAGCGCUUCCUUGAAGAAAGAAAGUGUCCCCGUCAAAAGACUUGUUGUUAAUCAGAUUCUUCCACCAUCCUUCUCCAACUGCAAAUUUUGUUCCAUAAAGAGAAAGGACCAAAUGCGCGCUCUAGAUAUGAUACGAGAGGAUUCAGAACUCUCUAGUUUGACAUUAAUGGAGGCUCCCUUGGUUGACAUGGAGAUCAGAGGUGUUCCUGCUCUGCGCUUCCUGGGCGAUAUAAUUUGGAAAUGAGAUUAUCACACACAUUACUAAUGUAAAGAAGAAGAAGAAGCAAGUUUAGUUGCAUGAGAUAGUGUUGCUUGAUACAUUACAUAGUUUUGGUACAGAUGUUGGUUGGUGUAAAAUGUUUAAUUUAAAAACUUCAAUGCUUAAAAAAUGAGUAUUAGAGUAAAGCCUACAGAUAUCUUAGAGAGGUGUGUUUGUGUAGAUUGUAGAAUAAGACCUAAAACAAGCCAUUUGCUUUACAUAAUAGAACUAGAUUUUGGUCCGCC